AUGAACCCAGAACAUGCCCACGAGGUGAACCCAGAACAUGGCCACAAGGUGAACCCAGAACAUGCCCACAAGGUGAACCCAGAACAUGCCCACGAGGUGAACCCAGAACAUGGCCACAAGGUGAACCCAGAACAUGCCCACGAGGUGAACCCAGAACAUGCCCACAAGGCGAACCCAGAACAUGGCCACGAGGUGAACCCAGAACAUGCCCACGAGGUGAACCCAGAACAUGGCCACAAGGUGAACCCAGAACAUGCCCACGAGGUGAACCCAGAACAUGGCCACAAGGUGAACCCAGAACAUGCCCACGAGGUGAACCCAGAACAUGCCCACAAGGCGAACCCAGAACAUGGCCACGAGGUGAACCCAGAACAUGGCCACAAGAUGAACCCAGAACAUGCCCAAGAGGUGAACCCAGAACAUGCCCACAAGAUGAACCCAGAACAUGCCCACAAGGUGAACCCAGAACAUGCCCACAAGGUGAACCCAGAACAUGGCCACGAGGUGAACCCAGAACAUGGCCACAAGGUGAACCCAGAACAUGGCCACAAGGUGAACCCAGAACAUGCCCACGAGGUGAACCCAGAACAUGCCCACGAGGUGAACCCAGAACAUGGCCACAAGAUGAACCCAGAACAUGGCCACAAGGUGAACCCAGAACAUGGCCACAAGGUGAACCCAGAACAUGCCCACAAGGCGAACCCAGAACAUGGCCACGAGGUGAACCCAGAACAUGGCCACGAGGUGAACCCAGAACAUGGCCACAAGGUGAACCCAGAACAUGGCCACAAGGUGAACCCAGAACAUGGCCACAAGGUGAACCCAGAACAUGCCCACGAGGUGAACCCAGAACAUGGCCACGAGGUGAACCCAGAACAUGCCCAAGAGGUGAACCCAGAACAUGCCCACGAGGUGAACCCAGAACAUGGCCACAAGAUGAACCCAGAACAUGGCCACAAGGUGAACCCAGAACAUGGCCACGAGGUGAACCCAGAACAUGCCCACAAGGUGAACCCAGAACAUGGCCACAAGGUGAACCCAGAAUAUGGCCACAAGGUGAACCCAGAACAUGCCCACGAGGUGAACCCAGAACAUGGCCACAAGGUGAACCCAGAACAUGGCCACAAGGUGAACCCAGAACAUGCCCAAGAGGUGAACCCAGAACAUGGCCACGAGGUGAACCCAGAACAUGCCCACGAGUCUGCCAGCGGUGGAGGGGAAGGAGAGGAGGAUAAAGUGUAA